CAAGACAUAGCUCUCAUUCAGCCAUAUGAUCAUGAAGGUAAACAACCAAUUCUCCGCAGUAUGGCUAAUAUUUCCAGUGAUCACUGGCCAGCCUUGGUUCAAGAGGCUACAACGGAGGCCUCGAAACUUUGCUUUUGUCCACUGGCAGUCCUUUUACAAGCUUUGUUACAAUUCAACUGCAAAAUGGGGGCAAGAGAGACACGGCGGCUCUUGGAGAGAGUGGUGUAUCAGCCUGGGUAUCCCAAAUCUAUUGCAUCAACUGCACGUUGGUACCUACUGAGACACCUAUAUGCCAAAAAUGACUUUGAACUCAUUGAUGUGUUGGUAAAGAAUGCUGAAACUCACAGAGAUAGAAGAGCAUUGGAACUGAAUCAGAAAUUGUCCUCACAAUAAUGUUUUGUCUUGUAGUAAUAAAGCAAAGAAAAAGCUGUAAGAAUGCAACAGUGAAUCAAGAGUGUUCCUGAAGCAACAUAUUUUAAACUAUGUUUACUGUCAUCCGUUCUUUCCUUUUGUUGGUCUGAAGAAGUUUAUGUUCUUGUGUUAUGGAUGUAAUUUCCCCAUUAAUUCUUAAUCUCAUUUUAACCUGGAAACAUGCGAUUAGAAAGUCCACGUGAAAAAGAGAAUUGUGAUCUCUUUAUUUGCUCAGCAGUUAUUUGUGAGCCAUUACUGUUUUCAUCUUGCAUGGUACAUAACAGGGUAUCUGUUUGGGGGUUAUCUCUUAUAAUAAAGACUUUAUAGCCAUUUUCUAUAUAACAUGAAAAAGCAUAAUUUUCAUUUGUUAAAAAUCAAAGACUUAAUUUCUCCUACGAAUUCUGAUGUUCUGUAAAGCAACACAUCAUGAAACCCCUAUAACCUGUUUUACUAGUGUUUCAUCUCAGAUUUUUCUUAAGAAGCAUAAUGAGUAUGUUUCUGAGUCUUUGACUGCUAGUGGCUAUGUUUAUAUAAUUCAGAAUACUCAGUUGUGUGGCUACAUUUAAAAACAUUAAUGAAAAAAUUUGGAAAAAUAAUGCUGAUAAUAUUUAAUUGU